AUGCCCUAUAUUUCAAUUAAAAAAAGAAUUUCCGAAAUUUUAUACAAGCAAAAAGUUCAUGCCAUCUCCGUUGAUUACGAUAUAGGUUCUAAACAAUCAGUUCUUGAAGAUCCUUAUUGUUCUAAUGGCUUUGUUGCUGCAAUAUUUCAUGCCUAUAAUCAUCAUCAACAUUUACGUUUAAGUCCUGAUGAUAUUUGGCUUACAAUUUCUCAAGGUGUUAGUCGUCAUAUUAAUUUUAAUGCUGAAAAGUUUCGUAACAAGUUCGUUCAACAUGAAGGAAAAGAAAAUAUAAAAAUCUUUUGUCCUGAUAUUUUAUACGAAAAUUCAAAUAAAGGUACCCUUGAAGGUAAUUGGCCAGAAGCUAUAAACAGACUUGUUAAAGAAACUGAUAAACGUGUGAAAAUCGACCUCGCACAAUUAUUAGAAUGCAAUUUCUCAACGACAACUUCAAUUUCUUUAAUAGCAAGUCGCAUCGUAUUAUUAGAUAUGGUUAAAGCCUACUUCAAUUAUAUAAUUGAGCUCCUUUGUGGCAUUCCAAAAGUUACACUUGAAGGUACACUUGAAGAUUGGAUAAAACUUCAAGAAAAAGUUAUUAAACUAAGAAAUUUAAAUUUAGAAUUAGACUUUUGGUUGGAUCGUCUGGAACCAGUGAUUUGGAAAUUAAUAUAUACUUAUCGUGGUAAAGUUGAUGAAGACUUUUGGAGUAAGAUUAUUCGUAUAGAAAGUCAUGGUUCUGGUGAUGUUGAAAUUACAGGAUGGAUUACAGCUUUCUUUCCUUAUGAUAGUGCAGGAAAUGCUUUACAUUCAAAUUUUUUAGAACGUGAUACUAUCCCAAAUGGCAUAAUAGAAGUUCCAUUUAUUACCGAUACCGGAUUAAAUUUAAAAUUUGUAGCUGGAUUUAUUGGUGCUAAUCAGGAAAUUCUUGAAAAUUCGGAUGGUGAAUCUAUUGUAUCUCCUGUGAUUGGAUGGGCUGUUAUUGAUGAUGUGGAUAAGGAUUCUAAAUCACCAAAGAACACUCUUGAGACUGAAACUAAACAAAAAGUAUCACAUCAUGAACUUUGA